AUGAUUCUCGCGUCUAUCCGUGACUGGGUCGGGUCGCCGGUCGCCCUGCUGGCCCUCGUGGCCGGGUGGUAUCUCGUGUCCGCCGUGUACGCCUGGUGCCGGCUCCGGCACAUUUCCGGCCCGUUCCUUGGCUCGUUCUCGUACCUGUGGCUCGCGCACUUCGCCCUGGCCCGGAAGCAGCUCGCUAUUUACGAGAUGCUCGCCCGGGACUACGGAUCGCUCGUCCGCGUUGGACCCAAUGAGCUUGUGACUGACGACCCCGAGGUCGUCCGCCGUAUGUCUGUCACGCGUAGCCGAUACCGACGAUCCGACCAGUACAUUGUCACCCGCACCGACCCGACCCACCCGUCCAUGUUCAGCAUGACCGAUACGGAUACCCACGGUAGGAUGAAGACGAAGCUGCUGCCCGGGUAUAAUGGCCGCGACAACCCGAGCCUCGAGGCGGACGUCGACUCCCAGAUCCGUAACUGGAUCGCCUUGAUCCGGAGAAAGUAUAUCACGCAGAAGGGGAACUUUCCCGUCAUGGAGCUCGCCCGAGCGGCCGGGCUCUUCACCCUAGAUGUCAUAGCCAAGAUAGCGACUGGAGAGGAGUUUGGAUGCCUCAUGUCCGACUCGGACCUCCACGAAUUCUUUGAACACAUGCGCGAGGCACUUCCGGCAAUGUCUUUGAUGUCCCACCUCCCCUGGAUACGUUACCUCUAUUUUCACUCGUAUCUCGGCUCGCGGCUCCUGACCCCGAAAGAGACAGACACGAAAGGGCUGGGAAAGAUCAAGGCCCUAGCGGCCGAAUCAGUACGGAAGCGGUACCAUCUUGAUGCUGACGAGGAUGAGGGAACUAUGCUGGCUUCGUUCCGUCGCCACGGCCUCACGCAGCCCCAGUGCGAGGUCGAGGCCGCGUUUAUGUUCAUAGCCGGGUCCGACACCACCGCCUCGGUGAUAAGGAUCACUAUGCUGAAUCUCAUGUCGGCGCCUCUGGUAUACCGGCGCCUGAAAGAAGAGAUUGCCUCAGCCGUGAAGGAGAGGAGGGUAUCGUAUCCUAUCAGGCACGCAGAGGCGAGGGACCUACCGUAUCUCCAGGCGGUGAUAUACGAAGGCCUGCGGAUGCGUCCAGUAACGUCGAGCACGCUGUUCAAGAAGGUGCCGGUAGAGGGCGACACGAUCGACGGUAAGUUCAUCCCGGGCGGCGUCGAGAUCGGGGUGAACACAUACUCGCUCCUGCGGUCGAGGGCCGUGUUCGGCGACGACGCCGACGUCUUCCGGCCAGAGCGCUUCCUCGAGGUGGACGCGGCCGCCAGAGCCGCGAUGGUUCACCACGUCGAGCUCAUCUUCGGCUACGGCCAGUGGGCAUGCGCCGGCAAGCCCAUCGCCCUGAUGGAACUGAACAAGGUCUACUUCGAAAUGCUCCGACACUUCGAUAUGCAGAUCGUGAACCCCCAGAAACCGAUGGAGUCUUUUCAAACUUUGGCCCACAUCGAAGUUGGGCUAUGGGUCAAGGUGACCGAGUCUCCCUUGGGUGCCGAGGGACUUGAUCCCUCCGUGUCGUAA